GGUGAGAAGAGAGAAAAGCCGAGCAGGUAAGCAGCCGAGCCACGGGCAGACUGCGACGCGCGCUCCACGCGAGACCGUGCGUGUACCCUCGUCGGUCAGACCGGGGUCAGUCAGGGUCCUGCUGUUAGCCAGGACGCUCCGAGAGCAUCUUCCGGAAGACCAACCAACGGACAGCUGUCGGGCUACCUGUGCAACUCUUCUUUGCUCUACGGAUCAUCCGAUUCCGUCUACUUGCUCGUUUCAUCGACCGUCUCUGACGAUCGGAAGAAAAUUAUUCUGUUACCAACUGCGUACAACCGCAUACAACGUUACUUCGCUGUGAUAGAAAAAUCAUCUGGCUGGAAAGAGUGUUGAAAAUACGUUUCUUAGAGAAGUGUUACUCGUCCUGCGUCUGUAAUAAUCGAUUCCAAGCAUCGAACUGAACCGCCUUGGACGCGCGAACCGGGUACCAGACCGCGACCUUGACGAACCACGUGGAGGAUCGCCAGAGAGUAGCCCAGUGAAUGGAAAAACUGUACGUGCGUCGGGACUGUCUGUGGGGUUGAUACCGAUUGUGUACGUCGUUUGUGCGUUCCUGGAUCUAGUGCCAAUAAAAAGAGACUACGAUUCGCUGCUCGCCUCCAUGAACAGUCGCAAGACUUAGGGGACUAAUCGAUCGACCAAUUGGACGCAAUGUGCGAAGCGGUGCCGCGUACUUGGUAUAUGAAACCGGAACUUCACUACAGCGCCAUUGGAGUUCCGGCGGGCGCCCUGUCACCCCCGGCAACGCUCUCACCGCCUAGCAGCCCUAGCGUCACGCUGCCGCCUUCGCCGUGGAGUCCUGGCGCGGCAGGAAGUAGCUUGAACACCACGGCGACAUCCUCCAAUCCUUCUUCGGUUUCCUCCACCAGCCUCGGCCAACCGACACCGGACCGUUUCAGCGCUUUCACCCUCGUCUCCACCUGCAAUCCCGACGCCAGACUUCAGAAUCUACCACUGACCACCACAACCACCGCACGAGAGAUGCGUUGUGGCCUGAUGUAUAGUGGUUAUGGGUCGACCGGGGCUGCAUGGUGGGCUGCUCAACACCAGUUGAGUCUCUUGCUGCCCCAUUCCCUGUUGCCACCCUCGAGGAUUUCUAGCCAGCAAACUACACCAGUUGCAAAUUGCUCACCUAUUCACCCGGAACCCCUGAACACGUCCAGAGCUGGCUCGCCACGAAGAUGCACCCCGGAGAAGGCGAAGUUCGAGGAGGAGGCGCCGCUAAACUUAAGUACCAAACCUAACGACGUUUCGUCCACUAUGAACCGAAAGAGUGAAAUUUGGUCACCAGGGACAGUGUGCGAGAGGGAAGCGAAAGAAACCAGGAUACUAUCAUCCAGGAGUCCAUCCUCGACGCCUGUAAUCACUCGACAAAUCCAUCAUUCACCGUUGACACCGCCCUCCUCUUCGGAAAGGACAUUCCAAUGUAAACAAUGUGGAAAAGCCUUCAAACGUUCAAGCACUCUCAGCACUCAUCUUUUAAUACACUCUGACACCAGACCGUAUCCCUGUCAAUAUUGCGGCAAGAGGUUUCAUCAGAAAUCAGACAUGAAGAAGCACACUUACAUUCAUACCGGUGAGAAGCCGCAUAAAUGCGUGGUAUGUGGCAAGGCGUUCUCCCAGAGCAGCAAUCUGAUCACGCACAUGCGUAAGCACACGGGCUACAAACCGUUCCAGUGUGGUCUCUGCGACAAGGCGUUCCAGAGGAAGGUGGAUCUGCGACGACAUCGAGAAGGACAGCAUCCAGCCGCCCCGGCGCUCGAUUAUCGCUCCCUUCAACUACCCUCGCAGCCCGCCAACGUUAAACACUCUCCACCUUUACAACCUGCGCCCGGUUAUCACAUGAUACCUGUCCCCGGUAAUAGUUGAGAUUCUUUCACGAUCUUGUCACGAACACCGUCUGCCUGUCAUUUCCUUCUUCUUGCUCUUUGUCCCCGCGUGAAUGCUGAAGAGGCACAGUUGAAGAGAGAGAAGAGGAUCGUUGGAAAGCGAUUGUGGUGAAUUUGAAAUAGAUUUGCAGAUAAAUACUAUACAUAGCAAAAUGAGAGAUAAGCAAGAGAUGGAUAUGCGGAUCCAAAUUGGAAGAUAAUGGAUGGAUAGGAUGAUAUAGUAUGUGUGUAGGGUGUUGAGAGGUUUGUUGGUAGAAUGAAGAUAAAAGAUAAGAAAAAGAGCGUGUAUUAUUAGUAUCAAAUAGAUAUGAAAUCUAUUCCCUGUUUCGGUAACUGCGGUAGAUUUGAAGUUCAAGUAUUCUUUAGGUUGCUGUAGCUACACCUGAUGUUGCUAUAGCUACACCUUGCUCAGAUUUUAACAAUCCUCGGAAAAAUUCAAAUCGAAGGAAACAUUGUAAUAUUAGAAAUCGACUGCAAAAUUUAGCUACUCUUUUUUACGAUUGCUAUGUCGCAAAUAAAAGAACCAUAUUUUAACAAAUUUCAUAAUUUCCAGUACAACCGACGAUCAUACGUUGUACAGAAGAAAACUAUCUUUUUUCCAAACGACUCGAAUCACACGUUUCCACAUCUUUGGAAUAUUACAAUUUUUCUCAACACCCUCUAUUCACGCUCGUGUGCAAAACACGGAAAUAUCAAAAGAUCACAAGAACAAACGAGGAAGAAUGCUCGAUCAUACGAUGCACGGUAGUUCGAUAGAGAUUCAAAGCGGACAAAAGUACGUCCAUCGUGAUCGAUGAAUCACGCAUUCCACAAACAGUCGCUUAUAUUUCGGACGCAACAAAUUUGCAUUUUCUAUCAUCAAAGGAAGAUUCGAACUGCGUAACGAACGUAUUAGAUAUAGGCAGACACCUGUUCCAAGUGGCUGGCUCUGUUAAUAACCGGUACUUGUAUACCUGCGAGCUGUUCAACAAUGAAAAAACGCCUUAGGGGAGGCACGCUUUUGCAUAUUUCUCGAGCUAAACUAGCGGUCCUCGGCGAGUGUUACGAGAUCGACCAUUGUUUUAAGGUAGGGAACCUUCAGCCGUCCAUUAUUGCUGUACUUUCGGUAUGUAACGUACAUGUAUAUAUAUAAAUAUACAUCUUAUAUAGAUAUAUAUUGACAAAAAUUAUAUGUUAUAUAUAUAUAUAUAUAUGUGUGUGUGUAUAAUUUUAUAUAUAUAUAUAUAUGUAUAUAUAUACACGCAUUCAAGCAAGCAGAUACGUGUGUAUACAUAUGUACACGUAUAUACGUGCGUGUAACGUACAAAAAUACGUGUUUAGGAAAAGUUAAAGAUAUUAUAGAGGAUUAUGGAAUACUUUAGUUAAAAAAAGAAAAAAAGUAUUGAUUUUCAUUUUAUCAUAUAUUUGCAUGUGUGUACACAUAUAUCGGCGCGUAUAAAUCCGUAUAAUACUAUAUCCGAGCCAGCGUUACCAAUUGCACGUGCAGGGUUUUCAAAUACUUAGUUGUAUGCUCAUUUACAUUUAGAAGCGAUUUUACUAAUCACUCUUAAUCGCUCGAGUGGCAAUGCGUCGAGUGAAAUAUAAUUCCAUGGAUCUUCGUAUUUCGUAUAAAAAAUAUAAAAACCAUUUGUUAGCGUUGUAAGAAAAAUGUAUAAACGAUCUUGUAACAUAUCUGAUCCUUAGAAAACCACGUUUUUUUUUUUCUUUAAAGAUUAUUAAGAUGAAUAUAAAAUGAAUUCGUUCGACGAUCAAAUCUGUGGGACGAGAAAUAAUUGAAUUUGUAUCUUGUAAAACUUGUUAUGCUAUCGUCAUCUCUGAAAGUGACGACAAUAACGAAGAUACAGAAUAAAGCGUAGGUAAUCGUAAUUAAAUUGCCACUCGAGAGAUUGGAAAGUAAGAAGUUCUCUCGAAGUGUGUUUUUAUAUAAUAAUUAAAUAUCGAUCGAGUAUCGAUUAAAUGUACAGUCGUGCCGCAAUAAUCACCAUGCUGCCCGGUAUUUUUCAUAUUUUUUACUAUUUCUACCUCCUGCAAUCAGACUCACGAGUGGACAGAAGGUCUAUUUCAAAGGAACGUGUCUUAUUUAAAUUAUUCGUUUUUAUUAAUAACGCUAUUUCAUCGUACCUUUUAGUUUAGGAAUUUUUGAUCGCAAAUACGAAGAUGAAUUAUUAUUAAAAAUAAGCGGAUCUUUUCUUAAUGCUUGACAAUUGUUCGCGCGAUAUUUUUAAAAUAUGUACGAAAUUUAUAUCUAGAGUUGUAAAAAAUAUGCAUGGAUAAUAUUAAUUUUAUGUUUAGGUAGAAAUCUUAUCUUUUGUUAGCUUGUAAAAUUCCUUUUUCGGAAAGUAUAGAAAUUAUAAAAUGAAUUAUAUUUUCCAAAACCAAAGAAAUGUUCAUUCAUCUCGUGCAAUUAAUAUUAGUUUUAUUUAGAUUCUCACGGAGAAAUUAAAUGGCAAAAUCUCAAGUGCUUUUUAUUUGCGAUAAAAAUUUCUGGUCAAAUACUGAGACUCCAUUGGUGCCAUCGGCAGCAAGAAAUAGAUUUUUGUCCGAGAAAAUGAACAAAAAGACGCACACUUUUAAGCUCACCUUAAAUUCAAUCUAGUUGAAGGAGAAAUGUCAUAAAUCGGAAACUUGUGUCCUUUUAUCAGCAAUUUCUCAAGCUUAGAGCCACUUGUUAAAGAAAUUAUUAAUUAAGCGCUGUUCUUCGAUACGUUCCGCCCUUCAAAUUGAACUAAUUGCACAAAAGUAAUUGCGAAAGGAAAAAAUUCGGGGACGAUGUAUUGUAAAUAAUUUUAUGUUCUCGUCGAAUUAGGAGAGAAACGAGGCAGAAAGGAAAAAAGAAGGACUAAACGAUUUCAUUAGAAAUUCGAUGUCUGGCAAAGAAUCAUAGCGGCUAGAGGACCAAAGAUAUAUUAUAAGUCGGACCUAGUCGAAUGGUAUUGUUCGGGUAGAGAUGAAAAUUCAGUGAAAAUGUAAAUCGCCACGCCCGAAAAUUCACCAAAGACUUUGGUCCUUUUUUGCGUACGUACGAAUUGUAUUAUAUCUACUAUUAAGAUUAAUCGAUCGUCCAAUUGAGAGCGAAAACUUGUGAAAGCGAGAUAUCACCGUAAGAACUUGAUAUUUUUUCAAUGUCUCUAAUUAGAAUCGUCGAAAUAAUUGUUAAACCGUGCGAUCGCGUCUUAUGGUUAUGACCGUAAUUAUCGAAUUUUAAUACGUCGACGAACAAAGAGUUGUAUUCGAUGGAAUAAUCGAUGUUAACCCUGGAACUAUCGUAAUUAAUUCGUUUUCACGACCCGUGGAUCUUUAAGAUCUGCCUUCUUGGAAAAUAUCACAGCCACUGAUUUUCCACGAUUCUUCGACGAAGUAAUCGUAAUAACUCUGUAAAUUUCUUUCGAACGUUUGAUUAUGACAAAAUGAUGACCUAAGGGUUAACGAUUAGUGAAAUUUAGAUAAGGAGGAAAGGCCGAUAGAUCGAUAAGUAGAUUUAAUCGUAUGAGAGUGUGAGAGGCGUGCGAUUGUCGAGCGUAUUCGCGAGGGACUUGUAUUAAUCGGUAAAACCAAAAAAUAUGUUCAUAAUUGGUAUAAAAAUGGUAUCAAUUGAAUAAAUUGUUUUUCUUACAAAAUACAUA